AUGAGUACGAGGUUGUUGACUUUAGGUCGAAUGAAUCCAGCGAUCACAUGCCCAAGAAUUUCUCAAUCAGUUAUCUUGCGACCACGGCAGUUCUCUAGUAGUAGGAUUAUCAGGAGCUCUGGAAUACAAGCCUUUUCGCAUGAUGUGAGGGAUAAGAGGCGGGUUUUUACAUGGAAGAGGCUUUUGAUGCUUAGUUUGGCGACUGGGACAAUAUUAUAUCAUACAAACGACACAACGCAUCAAUUGGUAAGACAUAUUUCCGUAACAGCCAAACGUGUUGGUGUUGUAUUUGUAGCAACUUUACGGUGUUCUUAUAACUAUAAAAGUGUGCUUUCGAAGCAGUAUGAAACUGAGGAAGAACGCUUGGCAGCGUUAUCGCGUUGCCACAAGACAUGUGCGGAGAUAACGUUGCAUGCAUUGGAAACCAACGGUGGUAUAUUCAUCAAAUUAGGGCAACAUAUAGGUGCUAUGACUUAUAUGUUGCCGCCGGAAUGGACGACCACUAUGAUCCCAUUACAAGACAAAUGUCCACAGUCGACCUUAAAAGAGAUCGAUGACAUGUUCAGACAUGAUUUGAAGCAGGGAUUGACUGAUGUAUUUGAAAGUUUUGAUCCCACACCGAUUGGGGUUGCAUCAUUGGCACAAGUGCAUAUUGCCACCUUAAAGGGGACAGGUGAAAAGGUGGCAGUGAAGUGUCAGCACCCAGGACUAAAGGAAUUUGUACCUUUGGAUGUGAUGUUAACGCAGAUCGUUUUCAAUGCAUUAGAUUUCAUCUUUCAAGACUAUUCAAUGACAUGGCUUAGUGAUGAGUUGCGAAACUCUAUAUAUGUCGAGCUAGACUUUACUAAAGAGGCUCAAAACGCUGUUGAUACCACAAGUUAUUUUUACAAAUAUUUGAAAGAAACUGCACUAAGGAUUCCUAAGGUUAUAUCUGCAGCCAAAAGAAUUCUGAUAUUAGAAUUUAUUAAUGGGGAAAGAUUAGACAACGUGAGCUACUUGGAUGAAAACAAUAUCUCGCGGUCUGAAGUAUCAUCGUGCUUGGCUCACAUCUUUAAUAAUAUGAUAUUCACGCCAGAUGUUGGGAUUCAUUGCGAUCCUCAUGGAGGAAAUCUAGCAAUAAGAGCUCUCAAAGAACCGCGCGCCGGGCACAAUUUCGAAGUAGUGUUAUAUGACCACGGAUUAUAUCGUUUCCCCCCCACGGAGAUGAGACGCGAUUAUGCAAAGUUUUGGCUUGCUCUGUUAGACAAGGACACUGAUGGAAUGAGGAAAUAUGCUAAAAAAUUUGCUAAUAUCACUGAUGAACAAUUCCCCAUAUUCGCUGCUGCAAUUACUGGAAGGUCCAUAGAUACAGCCUUGAACUAUGACAUCUCAAAAGUCAGAUCCUCUGAAGAGAUCGAGACAAUGAAAAAUGCUAUAAUAAAGGGGAAGCUUCUAAUUGAUAUAAUGAGCAUGUUAUCCACAAUCCCAAAAAUGGUCUUAUUAAUCCUAAAAACUAAUGAUUUGACACGACAUUUGGAUGAGUGUCUCGAAAACCCUUUGGGACCUGAGAGAACUUUUUUGAUUUUAUCACAGUAUUGCGCUAAGACGGUGUAUCAGGAGGUGUGCGAAAAUAUCGAUCGCAUGUAUGUGCGAUGGUCAAUUCGGUGGGUUUUCAAUGAAAUUAAAGCUUGGAUCACGUAUCAAAGGAGAAAGAACCAACUAGUUGUUUUCGAUAUAGUGCUAUGGUGGAAAAACCAUAUCUUGUAG